AAAUCUUUGCUUCCACAGAGAUACCCACAAAUCAAUUUCUCUCCUUUUCCAAUUCUCGAACUCUCUCUCCAAUUCACGCAGUGCAGCUAACUUUCUGCACCUAAAGGAUUGACUGGUCGUUGCUUCAAGCUUUGAUUCGUCUGUGUUCAGUAUUUGCCAGGAGAGCCAUUAGCAUCUCUAUGAUUGAAUAGUGAAAUUCUGUGAGUGUGUAUAGAUAUUCCUUUGUGGAGUUUGAUCCAUAUGUAGGUGGUUUGUUGCUGCAGCUGAUUGUGUGGGUAUUAGGCAGUGAGAGCUGUUUAGUUAACUACAAAAAUAGUUAAUGGCGAGUAAUGUAUUUGACCAUCCACUUCAAGAAUUAGAGGAUGGGAUCAGGUCUCGAAAGGAUGAUUCUGAUGAAGAUAAUGGUGUAAAUAGCGAGAAGGCGAGUUUAUUGGAAACACCUGGUUCUGUAGGUACUACUCCUGAAGAUUCUGGUUGUCGUUCUUCUGAUUGGCGUAGGGGACUAGACCACUGUGAAACUGCACCUGUUGGUCUCUGUGGAGAUAUGCUUAUCGAUGACAGUGAGAUUCAGUACUCUCGGUCCUUGACAGAAAAAGGGUGUCCUGCAAAUCAUAAUCUAAAAUUGGAUAGAUUAUCGGAGCGGGAAAAGCAAAAACUCAUUGUCGAGCUAGUCAGAAUACAAAAUGACGGGACAGUGGAAGUUAUAGAUAACGGAACUCCGGUAUCGGAGUUAUGGGGGUUUGAGCCAACGAAAGGGCAGUCCACAGUCACAUAUGAAAUGUCCUUUACUGAGUCCUUUAGAUCCAUUCCAAGGUUAAAAAUUGCUAUACUUGUCGUUGGAACUAGAGGUGAUGUGCAGCCUUUUUUGGCCAUGGCAAAACGCCUCCAGGAAUUUGGUCAUCGUGUUAGGUUGGCAACUCAUGCAAAUUUCCGGUCUUUUGUACGGGCUGCUGGAGUAGAGUUUUAUCCCUUGGGUGGUGAUCCCCGAGAGUUAGCUGCAUAUAUGGCUAGAAAUAAAGGUCUCAUUCCUUCUGGGCCUUCAGAAAUAUCAAAACAGAGAAAACAGUUGAAGGCAAUUAUAGAGUCUCUUCUUCCGGCAUGCAUAGAGCCUGAUAUGGAAACUGCUACCUCUUUCAGAGCUCAAGCGAUAAUUGCAAAUCCUCCUGCAUAUGGACAUGUGCAUGUUGCCGAAGCUCUUGGAGUGCCAAUUCACAUUUUUUUCACAAUGCCUUGGACGCCAACCCAUGAAUUUCCCCACCCUUUGGCGCGUGUUCCUCAAAGUGCUGCGUAUUGGCUAUCAUAUAUAGUUGUUGAUCUGAUGGUAUGGUGGAGCAUAAGGACAUAUAUAAAUGAUUUUAGGAAGAGGAAGCUAAACCUUGCACCUAUCGCAUAUUUUAGCACAUACCAUGGUUCAAUUUCGCACUUGCCUACUGGUUACAUGUGGAGUCCCCAUGUUGUGCCAAAACCAAGUGAUUGGGGUCCUUUAGUUGAUGUUGUUGGCUAUUGUUUCCUGAACCUUGGAUCAAAGUACCAGCCUCGCGAAGAGUUUCUCCACUGGAUAGAAAGAGGAUCACCGCCCAUAUAUAUUGGUUUUGGAAGCAUGCCUCUUGAUGAUCCAAAGAAAACAAUGGACAUUAUAUUGGAAACACUGAGAGAUACAGAACAGAGAGGGAUAGUUGAUCGAGGUUGGGGUGGCCUUGGAAACCUUGCUACUGAAGUUCCUGAAAAUGUAUUCUUAGUGGAGGACUGUCCUCACGAUUGGUUGUUUCCUCAGUGUUCAGCUGUGGUUCAUCAUGGCGGUGCUGGAACCACAGCGACUGGACUAAAAGCUGGGUGUCCAACAACGAUCGUGCCAUUCUUUGGGGAUCAGUUCUUCUGGGGUGACAGGAUCUAUGAGAAAGGACUUGGUCCUGCGCCAAUACCGAUAGCUCAGCUCAGUGUUGAGAACCUCAGUAGUUCCAUAAGAUUCAUGCUACAACCAGAGGUAAAAUCACAAGUGAUGGAACUAGCGAAAGUACUGGAGAACGAGGAUGGUGUAGCUGCAGCAGUUGAUGCAUUCCACAGGCAUUUGCCACCAGAGCUGCCACUGCCCGAGUCCUCGUCUGAGAAAAAGGAUGAAGAUGAUCGACCAGACCUGUUACAGUGGUUCUUUAUUCAGAUUGGCAAGAAGUGUUGCCUUCCAUGUGGUGGCGUGUGAUAUCAAAUUUCCUUAGUUGUGUUUUAAGUUGCAUAAUCUUUGUCUCUGCAACUCAAUUCAUUUCAUUCAAUGGUCAGGAAUAUGAUGAUUAGAUUUCUUUUGCACAGUUGCAUAAAGUGGAUUUAAUAAAAUUAUUGUGUUGGG